ACUAUGCCAAUCACGUGCUCUUACAAAUGGCCGCGUAGACGCUAUAAAAUAUUCAGCUUCAAAACAAAUUGCAAUCCGUGAUGUAGAUAACAGGCAAUCUACAUUUUAAUAGACCGAAUUAUGUGUGUAAUAUGAAUUUAAAUAUGAAUUCCCCUCUGUGCGGUACUAUAUAAAAAUGCCUCGAUAUACUUUGAGAAAACUUUUUGUUUUCGGUCUCUGCUUAUCAGCAGUGCUAUUUCUUAUCAUCACCCUGCAGGUGGUGGUGGAGUUAAGCCAAUUGGAAAGGAAGCUGUACAAACUUCCUUUACAGGAGUUAGAAAACAAAGCAUUGAGACAUGGGUUACAGAACAGUGGCCAAUGGGAUAAUGAGAGGAUCCUGGGAGUUGCAGAAGUUCAGUAUCCAUAUGUGGUGUGGUGGUCCCCACUGACGGGAGAGACUGGCAGACUAGGAGAGUGUGGGACAAACAAGUGCUUCUUCACCAUCAACAAGACCUACUACACACACCCGUCUACAUACGCCUUCCUGUUCUAUGGCACUGACUUCAACAUCGAGAGUCUUCCACUGCCUAGGAGUCCACACCACCAUUGGGCCCUCGUGCAUGAAGAGUCGCCCAAAAACAACUACAAGCUCUUCCAUGAGCCCGUCAUCACCAUCUUCAACCACACAGCCACUUUUAGCCACCAGUCCCACAUGCCCCUCACUACUCAGUAUCUGGAAAGCCUGGUGGUUCUGACCUCUCACAACCACCUAGUGCCACUGGCCCAGAAGAAUCAGCUUAGGAAAACUAUAGCCCCAGUGGUGUAUGUACAGUCUGAUUGUGAUCCACCUUCAGACCGAGAUUCCUAUGUUGGUGAGCUUAUGAAGCACAUCAAGGUGGAUUCCUAUGGACGGUGCCUUCAUAACAAAGACCUACUGCCUCAUCUGAGGGACUCUACAACCAUGGAGGAUAAGGGCUUCUACCAGAUUCUGGCCCAGUACAAGUUCAUCCUGGCCUUUGAGAAUGCAAUCUGUGAUGACUACAUCACAGAGAAAUUAUGGAGGCCUCUCAAGCUUGGUGUGGUUCCUGUGUACUAUGGUGCUCCCAAUGUGAGGAAAUGGCUGCCAGGUAAUAUGAGCGCAAUUGUGGUGGACGUAGACAAACCCCCGGAGAAGCUGGCAGAUUAUCUGAAAAGGUUAGAUGAAAAUGAUGAGGAGUAUUUGACUUACCUUGGAUGGAAGCUGAAGCGUGAAGUCUCCAACCCGGCCUUGAUUAAUGAGCUACAAGGACGCCAGUGGGGAGUGCAGGAUCUCACCCAGGAAAACUACAUAGACGUGUUUGAAUGUAUGGUGUGCAACAGGGUAUGGGAAAAUAUCCACAGGUGUAAAAAGGGCCUUGCACCGAAAGCUUGGCAAGGGGAAGAAAAUCAUCUGCAGUGUCCUCCUCCACGGAGAUUUGACUUUUCCACAGCGUCUGGAAAUAGGACGUCUAUGCGAAGAAUUUGGAGGCCUAGCUAUGAACAGUCAAAGAAAGAGGCUGGAGCUUUGCGUCGAUUAACUGAGAGGAACAAGAAUUUUACUGUGGCACAAUAUUGGAAGGAGGUGUUUAGUGAUAAAACAAUGACGAUUAAUGAGUAGUGCAUGUAAGGUGUUCAUCACUGAAAUCGCUGUAUAUGCUAUUUCACAUUUUUACAUUUAUUUCACAUUUCAUAAUUAAACAAAUAUAACCUUUAGAGAUAAUACUAUAUCAAACUAUUUAGGAGGCGCAUUAUAGCCUACACAUCAGCUCGUAACUAUCAUUGGGUGUGCUCAAGCCUUCGGCGAGAGCGCAACCUUUGUUCUCUCUCAUAUAUCUUUGGUGGCAAAGCAGCGAAGCUGCGGAGCCACUUAAGUGUUUCUACUAUUAGGUAUAGGGUUCCUCCGGUAGGAGAACUCUAUUGUUAUUGUUAGUUUUAUUAGGAUUUCUCCGUCAGGAGGAAACCUAUUGUUAGUAUUACGGUUGUUCCAUGGGAGUCAAUGGCAGCCCCUAGACCAGAACUGUAAAAAGUUCAGAAAUUUGGCAUGUUGAAACUGCAGAGAAUUAGUAACUACCAUACCAAACAUGGGCCCCUUUAGACAGAAGGUGGCGCUAAAGACCACGCCCCAAUUUGCCGAUUUUCAAAGUGAUGCAAUUUGAAGUGAUUCCCAUUUGACCCAAAAUUCUGAAAUUCAUUACAUAUGCCUUAUUUCUCAUAAGGAACACAAACACAAACCAAGCCUCACAAACCUAUAAUGGCCACCAUAUUGUAUUUUUCUGUACAAUAAAGAUUUAGGAAACAUU